AUGUGCUUAAUAUGUUUCAUCUAUAAACUUUUUGACUUAUUCUAAAUAAACUUUUUGUUUUGGAAUACAAUGAGGACCAUCAAAUUUUAAAAUUUGUUUAUUUUUAUACCACUUCAUUAAUGCUUAUGUCCUGUCAAAGGGAACAACUUGGUCUUUUUCUCCAACUAAAAAUAAUGUUGGAACUUCAAUUUGUUCUUUUUCUUCAUAUAAAUCAUUAACAAACUUCAAAUUUUCAUUAAUUACUUUAGGUAAACCAACUCCACAUAUGUUUAUUAUCAUUUUCAAACUUUUAAAAAUAUUUUUAUCUCUGUUUUUUGCAUAAAAAAGACUGCCCAUAAGACUUCCUUACGAAAAGUUAAUAAUAAUAUCAAUAUCUGGAUUUUUUUCAACUACUUCAAGGAGAUGUUCUUCAGAUUCAUCAUAAAAAUGAUAAUGGGCUUCAGUUAAAACCCAUCUUCCAUCAAAAUCUAAAGGAUCAUCUCUAUUUAAAGCUAACCAGCAUCUGAAAGGAUCUUCUGGAUCAUUUGGAAGUGUUUUAUUUGGAGCAACUGGUAAUAGCACAUCACGAAUUUCAUAAUUUUUAGAAAAAAAUUUAAUCCAAGGUUAUAUCCUUUCUUCUAUUCUUUCAUAAUAUUGUUAAAAUCCGUGUAAAACCAAAAUUUUAAAGCUUGGAAGUACAACUUUUGGAGGUUCUUGCUUUGGUUUUUUCUUUUUUUAUUGAGGCUUGCUUUCUGCUUAAGAAUUAUUCAUUUAGCUAUUUUAUGA